AGUCACUGGCAGCAGAGAACUGUAAGGAAAGGCGGCCAAAUGAGGUGUUGGCUUUGGGGAUGAUCAGUGAGAUAUACCUGCUGGAACGUGUGCUACAGGCUAACCUUGAGAAACUGUGCAGAACUCUUGAAGACCAAAGUAAUGAGUACAAGAACAAAUCUGACGAGGCCCAUGAGUGUCUAAAUGAUUACACUGCCCUGAAUGCUCGCUUGCAAACAGAAUGGUGAGCUCAAACACCACCUUGAGGAGAAGGAGCUAACUGUGUCCCAGCUGAGCAGAGUGAAACUAGUGAGAAGUCAACAGAUUGAAGAGCUGAAGAGACUUUUGGAGGAGGAAGUUAAGGCUAAGAAUGCCCUGGCCCAUGGUUUACAAUCAACCCGCCAUGACUGUGACCUGCUUCGGGAGCAGUAUGAGGAGGAGCAGGAGUCCAAGGCUGAGCUGCAGCGCAGUAUGUCCAAGGCCAGCAGUGAGGUAGCUCUGUGGAGAACCAAGUAUGAGACUGAUGCCAUCCAGCACACUGAGGAACUUGAAGAGGCCAAGAAAAAGCUUGCCCAACGUCUCCAAGAGGCUGAGGAACAAAUUGAGGAAGUGAACAUAAAAUGUGCUUCACUGGAAAAGACGAAGCAGAGACUGCAGAGUGAAAUGGAGGAUCUCAUGGUUGAUGAGAAACUUUGACAAUGUAAUAUAAAAGUUUGAUUACAUUUUUGUAUGUAUAAGUGACGAUACUCAUUGAUCAUUACAUAGUUUUAAAUUCUAGUUGUCUGGAAGCAGAAGUAUGAAGAGUCACAGUCGGAGCUGGAAAGUGCUCAGAAAGAAUCUCGAUCACAAACCACAGAUCUUUUCAAAAUUAUCCACGGUCCGGAGUCCCUGGCGACAAUCUAUGGUCCGGUUCCACCGGUAACGAUCCACGGUCCGGUUGCUCCAGGGACGAUCCACGGUCUGGUUCCUCCGGGGACGAUCCAUGGUCCCGAGCAUCCGGCGACGCGCCCCGCACCGGAGCCGCCCCCGAUGGUAGAUGCCCACCCGGACCCUCCCCUAUGUAGUCAGGUUUUGCCACCCUUGGGGGGAUACUGUAAUACUCUGACCAUAGAGAGCUGUUCUCGGGGUGUGUUUAUUCUCGGGGUGUGAUUUAUGGUGGGUUAUCUAGGGGAAUUGUAUUUCUAUGGUGGCCUGAUAUGGUUCCCAAUCAGAGCCAGCUGUUUAUCGUUGUCUCUGAUUUAUUCUUUAUUCGUUGUCUCUCAUAUUUAGGUAGCCAUUUUCCCAUUGUGCUUUGUGGGAUCUUGACUAUGUUUGUGUGGAGUUGCUUUCUGCACUGCAGACACAUUUCGUUUAAUCGCUUUAUUGUUUUUGUGCUUUGUGUUUUCUCUUCCAAAUAAAGGAUGGAAACAUACCACGCUUCAUCUUGGUCCACUCCUUAUAACGAUCGUGACACGAGGACAAGGCUGGAAAUCUAAGUUGUCUGUCAUGCUGAUUGAGUUUGAAUAACAGACUGGAAGCUUCAAAAGGGGGGUGGUGCUUGGAAUCAUUGUUCUUCAUCUGUCAACCAUGGUUACCUGCAAGGAAACACAUGCCGUCAUCAUUGCUUUGCACAAAAAGGGCUUCACAGGCAAGGAUAUUGCUGCCAGUAAGAUUGCACCUAAAUCAAUCAUUUAUCAGAUACUUAAGAACUUCAAGGAGAGCGGUUCAAUUGUUGUGAAGAAGGCUUCAGGGCGCCCAAGAAAGUCCAGCAAGUGCCAGGACCGUCUCCUAAAGUUGAUUCAGCUGCGGGAUCGGGGCACCACCAGUACAGAGCUUUCUCAGGAAUGGCAGCAGGCAGUGCAUCUGCAUGCACAGUGAGGCGAAGACGUUUGGAGGAUGGCCUGGUGUCAAGAAGGGCAGCAAAGAAGCCACUUCUCUCCAGGAAAAACAUCAGGGACAGACUGAUAUUCUGCAAAGGGUAGAGGGAUUGGACUGCUGAGGACUGGCGUUAAGUCAUUUUCUCAGAUGAAUCCCCUUAACGAUUGUUUGGGGCAUCCGGGAAAAAAACUUGUCCGGAGAAGACAAGGUGAGCACUACCAUCUGUCCUGUGUCAUGCCAACAGUAAAGCAUCCUGAGACCAUUCAUGUGUGGGGUUGCUUCUCAGCCAAGGGAGUGGGCUCACUCACAAUUUUGUCUAAGAACACAGCCAUGAAUAAAGAAUGGUACUAACACAUCCUCCGAGAGCAACUUCUCCAAACCAUCCAGGAACAGUUUGGUGACGAACAAUGCCUUUUCCAGCAUGAUGGAGCACCUUGCCAUAAGGCAAAAGUGAUAGCUAAGUGGCUCGGGGAACAAAACAUCAAUAUUUUGGGUCCAUGGCCAGGAAACACUCCCCAGACCUUAAUCCCAUUGAGAACUUGUGGUUAAUCCUCAAGAAGCGGGUGAACAAAAAAAACACACAUUCUGACAAACUCCAAGCAUUGAUUACGCAAGAAUGGGGUGCCAUCAGUCAGGAUGUGGCCCAGAAGUUAAUUGACAGCAUGCCAGGGCGGAUUGCAGAGGUCUUGAAAAAGAAGGGUCAACACUGCAAAUAUUGACUCUUUGCAGCAACUUCAUGUAAUUGUCAAUAAAAGCCUUUGACACUUAUGAAAUGCUUGUAAUUAUACUUCAGUAUUCCAUAGUAACAUCUGACAAAAAUAUCUAAAGACACUGAGGCAGCAGACUUUGUGAAAGUUAAUAUUUGUGCCAUUCUCAAAAACUUUUGUCCACGACUGUAUAUUUGUUUGCGUUUACAACCAAACACAAUUCAAUAUCACUAAAUAUUAUUACAUUUGAAAUCAAACAGAACUUGAAUCCGAAGUCUUAUAUGUAUUGUCUAUUUUUAGUUGAAUCGAGGCUUGAAUUGAAACAAUAGCUGUUGACUGUGCAUAUGUUAUAUAGGCCUAAAUGAUAUAUGAUAUAUGUUACACCUACCCGUUUUUAAGUGGAGAUCUCUAAACAAUCAUUCUCAUGAUAGCACGGCUAAUAGUAAGUGGCAAA